AUGAAGUUCACCAACGCGUUCCUGGCGUCGCUCUUGUUCUUCGGCGUGACGCCUUUGGCUCUCGACAAGAAGAGGGAUGAGCAUGCUCUUACAACAACCUCUAGCCCCUUCACUACCACAUCGACCAGGGCUCUCGUCCCGCCGGACGAUGCAGGUGUUGUAGAGAUCACGGGCGGCACGCACGAUGUCCUCGAGGCCAGGGCCAGGGGUAGCCGAGGUGGUAGUCGUACGAAGACCACACGUCCCGCGCGAACGAAGAAGACGAAAACCAAGCCUAAGAAGAAGGCUAAGGCCAAGAGCAAAAAGACGAAGACGAAGACCAAGUCCAAAGGCAAGCCGAAGUCGACGUGCACAGCUAAACAAAAGAAGGCAGGCAAGUGCAAAGACACAUGCACGGCCAAACAGAAGAAGGCAGGCAAGUGCCCGGACCAGAAGAAAAAGAGGAACUGGGAGGUCCUCCGUCCCACUAAGGGCUGCAGGCCCAAGAAUUGCAAGAAGUGCGGCAAAGCGACAGGCGCAAAGGGCAGCAAGAAGAGUGGCAAGAAGACCAUCAGAGACCUUUCCUCCCUCCGCAGCCUUACUCUUUCCAAGCGUGCUGCUACUUUCGAGCCCGCGUCCAGGGAUAAAGCUGGUCUCAUGGCUUGGACCAAGGAUGUGUGGGCGUCGUCUCCCAAGGUUCUGCAUAUGCCAGAGAACAGUACAUCUGUGGUCGCGAUCUCUGACGAAGGUGUCUACGUGUCGCACCAUUGGCAGAACACGGUCGGCGAUGCCUCGUACAAGGACCUGACCCCGCAAUUCGACAACGCCUUCACCAACCCCCUGACAGGCAAGCGCCGCGCCUCCUUCAGGCUCACCCCCGCGCAGAAAAGGAUCGCCACAGAAUACUUGUCCGAAGCCGAGGUCAAAUCCGACGUCGAUGACGUGUACCCCACGACGGGCUUCGAGGCUCUCACUGACGUCAAGUCUUCCCUCACCGCAGACAGCAACGUGCAGUCCAUGGUCGCUGUGUGGGACGGCGUCGAGGGCACUGGCGACAAGUACAGGACGACUGGGGCGCACAUGAAGAGUUUUGUCGACGGCCUGCUGCCCGGGACAGCGACGAAGCUGGUCAAGUACGAGAACACGGAGAAUGCUAUGGCCACGUCGAGGGACGAUAGCGAUUACCACGGCAAGGUCAUCGUGUCAUAUGAUUCGGCGACGAAGAAGUACCAGGUUUGGAUGCCGGCUGCAGAUUUGACGGGCCCCAUUCUGAAGAACUAG